AUGAGUGACUCAGAGAUGAUGACACCCUCGAGUGCGGUUGAUUCCGGCGCGAACUCGCCCUCGACCGCUCCCACGUCAGUGCGAGGUGCCACGACGAGCACGAUCAAGCGCCGGUCGUCGGGCCGCACGACACGACAAGUCAUCAUCACGGACGCGCAAGACGAUCAGGUCAUGGAGCAAGAUGAUGUUGAUGAUGACGAUGACGACGAUGAUGUUCAAGUUUUGAUCCCGAGGUCAGUGGUAUGCCAUGGCGUGCCAGCCGCCCACCGUCUGUCGCACGCGCGCCGCGUGACAUUCGCAUCGAGUGGCGACGACUCAUCCCUGCUUCCCGUCCCGUACUGAGUACCGACCUUCAACACCUUGGGCCUCUUUCUCACAGUGCCCGGAGCUGCAGGAAUUAUGCUCCGGCCAAAGGCUCGCGCAAGUCCGUCGAACACGCUGUCAUGACCGCCGACUCGAUCAAAGCCGAGGAUAGCGAUGGCGACUCUGAGCAUGUCACCCCGUCGCGGUCGACUCGGCGAUCGCUGCCCCGUCGCAGUUCGUCACAGGCCAAAGGCAAUGCGCGCAUCGUGCAGAUCGAGUCCGAGGACGAAGACGACGAUGACUUUGCCAUGGCGCAAGACAACGACGACGACGAUAACAAUGAUGAAGAUGAAGACGCUGGAGGUGAUAUGGAGCAAGCCUAUGAUGUCGAGACGGCGACGCGGCUUGCGAAAGCCUUACAGAACGGAGGCUCAAAGAAAGGCAAGGCUCGGUACGUGGACGCCGAAGCGUUGGGGAAAAUUGUCGCCAGAAAGCUCGGGCGCGCAAGUAACGGGUCCACGAGCAAGCAAGAUCAGUCUUUUGAGCUUGUUGUGGCGAACUCGAACAAGGUGACCGCCAAGACCAAGUCAGCGACCCCUGUCACCGAGAACAAGCGUCAAUUGACCCGCACGAAUUCCACGCGAUCCAAGCGGGGUGUGACGUCUGCUUCCACCGCGCGAAAGAGCAAGAUGAUUGUUGAUUCAUCGGCUUCCUCCGAUGGCAGUGACGAUGCGUCGGCCUUCUCGCCCGAUUCGGACGAGGACGAGGACGAAGGGAUGCUGACCGACGACUCGCUCUUGAGGGACUUGGCGGGCUCGGAAGCCGAAGAAGGUAGCGACGACGAUUUAUCGGACGCUGGCGGGGACGAUGGCAUCAAACGUAACGAAAGGUCAUACAAGAAGCAGGUCAAGACAGCGGAAGAGAUUGCCGAGAAGCUCAGUCGGCCCAAGAUCAAGCCCAGGAAGGGCCACGUUUUCUCAAAAAAGGAAAAGAAGAUGAUGUCCCAGCUUUCAAGGGUCAGUUACUCUGAAGUAAAUGCUCCGAAGAGAGCAAACAGCUGAACGAAUUCCGUUCCAUACGCGCGUUCCUCACGCAGUAUGAGAAAGCGGAUGCGUAUCUGAUGGCGAACCACCCCGAGCUCGUUGACUGCUGGCCCAAACUCGAAGCUGUCCCCAGGACUAAGGUCGAGCGUGCCGAGCAACCCGCCGGAUUGACACAAAAACUGCUGCCGUUUCAACUCGAAGGACUGAACUGGAUGGUCAAGCAAGAACAGAGCAUCUUUGGCGGUGGCUUCCUGUGCGACGAGAUGGGGAUGGGCAAGACCAUUCAAACAAUCGCACUGAUUUUGUCGGACUUCAACACCGCGGACCGCAAGCGCACGCUCGUUUUGGCGCCGACGGUCGCCAUCAUCCAAUGGUCCCACGAGAUUGCCAAGUUCACCGAGGGAAUGAAGGUGCUUGUCUACCACGGCGCUGGACGCAUCAAGACCGUCAAGGAGAUGGAGCAGUACGACAUCGUCCUUACGAGCUACGCCGUGAUGGAGUCGACGUUCCGUCGCGAGCAAAAAGGGUUCACGCGCAAGGGCAACCUUAUGAAGGAGGACUCGAUUGUCCACAAAGUCAACUGGCACCGCGUCAUCCUUGACGAAGCGCACAACAUCAAGGACCGUGCGUCGAACACGGCCAAGGGUGCUUUCGCUCUCAAAGCCAAGUAUCGCUGGUGUCUGUCUGGUUAGUUUGACGCACCCAAGGGGCAAAUGUGUGGCCAGCCAUGCUGAUCUUGCUUUUUUCGAGCCCGUCUCCAGGCACCCCGCUUCAGAACCGUGUCGGCGAGCUGUACUCACUCAUUCGUUUCGUCGGCGUUUCGCCUCAUGCUUACUACUUCUGCAAGCAAUGCGACUGCAAGAGUCUACACUGGCUCUGCAACAAGGGGCCGUGCACCGAGUGUCGCCAUUCGGGCAUGCAGCACGUUUGCUGGUGGAACACGGAGAUUCUCAAACCGAUCCAGUAUGGCGGUAUGCACGAGGGCCAAGGAGCCAAGGCGUUCCGCAAGCUUAGCAUCCUCUUGGAGCGACUCAUGCUUCGUCGCACCAAAGUUGAACGAGCCGAUGAUCUGGGUUUGCCUCCUCGAGUUGUCAACGUUCGUCGCGACUACUUCACAGAGGAAGAGGAGGAGCUGUACCAGUCGCUUUUCAAAGAUGUGAAGCGCAAGUUUAAUACGUAUGCGAACGAGGGCACCGUUUUGAACAACUACAGCAACAUCUUCACCCUCAUCACUCGCAUGCGACAAAUGGCGGACCACCCCGAUCUCGUGCUCAAGUCGCGCACUGCGAUGCCGGUGCAGCACGCCGAUUCGGAUAAGCCGGAAGAGAUUUUGACGUGUCGCAUCUGCCUCGAUGAGGCCGAGGACGCAGUCAAGACGCAGUGCCGCCACAUCUUCUGCCGCGAAUGUGUGCGACAGUACAUCGAAACGGCGACGGUCCACAAACCUUUGUGCCCUGUGUGUAACAUCCCCAUCACGAUCGACCUCGACCAAGCUGCGAUCGAGCAGGACACAACGGGCCGACAGGGAAUCUUGUCGCGUUUGGACCCUACGAAGACGAGGACGUCGACCAAGAUUGAGGCCUUGCUGGAGGAGUUGAGCAAGACGCGGACCGAGGAUCACACGCUCAAGACGCUCAUCUUUUCCCAGUUCACGACCAUGCUGUCAGUUCAUCCUUUCGCCCUGAAUUUCCGAAACCCUUCUCCUUGAGCAGCUAACCAUGCUGACUUCUGCAAUCGACCCACAGGGACCUCGUUGCUCGCCGUCUGCAGCUCGGCGGGUACAAGUUCGCGCGCAUUGCGGGUACCAUGACACCCCUGGCGCGCGACAACACGAUCAAAGCCUUCACCGAGGACCCAGAAUGCACCGUGUUCCUCAUUUCGCUCAAGGCCGGCGGUGUGGCCUUGAACUUGGUUGAAGCAAGCCGAGUUAUCUUGCUCGAUCCCUGGUGGAACCCCGCAGUGAGUGCUCGCAAUACCUCGACCAAGGACCCAAAAAUCACGCUGAUCCGCCGGAAUUGUUGCGCUGCUAGGUCGAGCUGCAGGCCAUGGAUCGUACUCAUCGGAUUGGCCAACGUGCGUGAAAAGCCUGUGACUUCCGUUUUCGCCGUCCUAACCCGGUGCCCACUCUAUAUUCUUGGAUGGCUUACAGAUCGACCCAUAACGAUCACUCGUUUGGUGAUCGAAAAUUCCAUUGAAAGUCGUAUCCUUGAGCUUCAGCGGUAAGUGGUUCUGAGGCGCAACUCGUGUUUAACCUAUCUUGAAGUCAUGGGCUGACUCACCCUCUGACUCACGCCUCCUGUGAUCUUGGCGACUUGUAGGAAAAAGGAGAAUCUGGCAGCAAGUGCUCUGGGCGAUGACACCACUGCGGCAGGUCGUGUGAGUCAUUUUCUAACACGUCGGAGUCCUUUUGAAUGUCCACGCCGCUCUGGUCUCGUAGCGGGCUUUUCGGACCAGCUUGUGGCGCCCCGAUCCUCUGCUGAUCGCUGACGGGUGCUGGCUCCCUCGCGUUUUCGCUUCCUCGUGCAGCUCACUCCCGAGGAUCUGCGGUUCUUGUUCUCGUUGUCUUAG